AUGCCACCAAAAAGGGGAAAAAAAGUUGGAGGAGAAGCAGAUUUGGCUCCCAUUCUUUCAGUUGGAACUACUUUUUCAAAUCCAAUUGUUCGUGAUACAGUAGAAGUAACAAAAUAUAUUGGGAACGGUGGUUUUGGAAGGAUAUAUGAAGGCAAACUUGUUAAUAAAAAAAUGAAAAUUUGUAUAAAAAUGGAGAAAAUAUGUAGUUCUGGUUUGUUUGUUGAAAAAGAAAACUUUAUGAGAUUUUUAAAAAAAGAUUUGUUAGAAAAGUGGUUUAAAAAAGAAUUUAUUAGUUUACCAUAUUUGGUAUGUUUUGGAAUAUACACAAUAAAUUCAACGGAUAAGUUAAGAUAUCUUGCUAUGCCUUGGUACGAAGAAGUACUAAGUAAUUACAUAAAUCAAAAAGUAGAUUUAAAAUUAACCCAAGAAGAGGCAAAAAAAGUAUCUCUAUGUGUUCUUCAAGCUCUUGAAUACCUUCAUAAUGUCAAAAUUUCACAUAGAGACAUAAAAAAAGAAAAUUUGAUGCUUGUGAACAAAAAUUGUUUGGACAAAGUUGUUUUAAUAGAUUUGGGCAUAUCUCAAUUUCAUACAAGAUUUAUUGAAACUAUAAAUCCUAAAGCAAAACACAAUGGUACUUUAUUGUAUACUAGUACUGAUGCGCACAUUGGGAGAGAAGGAGUAUUUCGUUCAGAUUUGGAAAUUUUUGGAUAUAACUUAAUAGAAUGGUUAAGUGGUUCUUUGCCAUGGAAAGGAUUAGAAUCCAAACCUGAAGAAGUUUAUAAAAUGAAGCAAGCUAUUGUAAAUGAUCCAAAAACUGAAAUUAAUUUAUUAUUGCCAUCAAUGGAUACAUCUUUCAUUAAAGGACUAUUUAUUCUUUCAAACUCGCUUAGUUAUUGUGAAGUUCCACCAUAUAACAAUUUAAAGAAAUUACUAAAAGAUUGGGUUAUUACCGCAAAAAAUUGUACAAAGAAGAUCUCAUCAAAAAAGGAGCUUACAGAAAUUCGAAGUUCGUGCAAAGAAAAUGAAGCACUCUCAAGUAAAAACGUUAAGUGUAAACCAACUACAAACUUAAAUGAAAUAAGAAAUGACUUAAAAAGGAGCGCAAGAAAUUGUGGGAAAAGAGUAGAUUACACUGAGUGA